GUAAAAAAGUAGGGUUAAAUUAAAUUUUAAGAUUUUUGCUUAGGAUUUUUGUUUUUUUGUUUGUCUAUGAUUUUUGUUUACAAUUUUUAUGAAUUUAUUUUAUUAAUAAUAUGUUAAAACAGCUUUUAAGAUUUCGUGAAACCAGAGUACAAUUUCGAAGAUGUUUUAUUUCCCAUUUAACGAGAGCCACGGAAGAAAGUGAUGAAUGUUUACAGAAAAGUGCUGAAGAUCCAAAUAAUGAAAUUAGUAAAGCGAAUUUGUUAGAACCUCUUUCUCAGGAUAUAUCUCAUAUUUCUACGUAUUUGAAACCCACGUUUAAUGUUGCUUCAUAUGCAAACAAAUCUGAAAUAAUUGAGCAAUUUGUUAAAUUGGGUGUAAAUUUACAUUUAAUUGAAAAGAAAAUCCCCAAGGCUGUAACAUUCAUUUUAACAUUAAAAUUUGAUGAUAUAAAAGACCAUUUAUAUUUUUUAAACGAGCUUGGUUUGGAGAAAGAAGAUAUUGGUCUAUUGGUAACAAAGAAUCCAUUUAUAUUUAAAGAAAAUCUUAACGAUUUAAAUGUAAGAAUAACCUACUUAAAGUUCAAACAUUUUACUGAUGAUAUGAUACAAAGAAUUGUUAAAAAAAAUCCAUUUUGGCUGAGUUACAGUACUCAAGAGAUCGAUGAAAAAUUGGGAUUCAUUCAAAAAGAAUUUACACUGUCUGGCAAUGAGGUUCGUCAAAUUGCAUUUAUUAAGCCCAGACUGAUUACAUAUGAUCAAGAAAAAAUUAAGUUAAAUAUAUUUGCCGUGAAGCAAGAAAUGGGUUUUAGUCAAGAUGACAUGAAAACACUAAUUUUAAAUAAGCCCAAUAUAUUUACAAUAGGUCAGAAUAGAUUAUUAGAAGUAUUUGAUUAUGUUCACAACACAAUGAAUAUUUCAUUAGAACAGAUUAUACAAAAUGCAGAAGUUUUUACUUGUCGAGCGAAACGCAUAAAGGAGAGACAUGAGUUUUUAGUAAAAUUAGGUAGGGCUCAAUAUGAUCCCAAAAAACCUAAUUACGUUGCUCUUACUACUUUAAUUAAGGAUUGUGAUGCUACAUUUGCUUGUGAAGUUGCUAAAAGCAGUAUUGAUACUUAUAAUAUGUACCUUAAAGCUAUUUAAACUAUGUUUCUAGCAGAAAUAAAAUUGUAAUAAAAUCUA